CGAUAAUACAACAACUGGUUAGAUUAGUGAAAUAAAUCCUUGUCCAAAUUUUAAAUAUUAGAAUAAUGUUAUUUUAUUGUAAUGUCAGUGAAAGUGUUGUAAGUGAUUUAAUUUUUCAAGUUUUGUGACAUUGUGUAAAAUGUAAAUUUGAAACUAUUCUCUUGCUUUUCAAAUAAUGGCUCUUUGACUUUUAUUUCUGUAAAUUUAUUUCCGUAAAUUGAGCCGAUUUCUCGAUCGCAAAUUUCUCUAUUUAUUCACCUAACUAUUCUUUUAAAUGAUGAAAAUCCGUUUUAAUACAUUUAUUAUCCUUAAUGUACUAGUUUGGGGUUUAAGGGUUUGGUGUGUGGACGACGUAGGUAUAACCGCUAAGGAAGGUGAGAGUUUGGAAUAUACAAGCGUUAACGGCGAACCAGUCGUGAACGCCGUUGGGAAGAAAAAGGUUUCAGUUACCGAAAUUAGUUUUGAUUCUAUAGUCGAAGAUUUGGUCUGGUGCGGACCUGAAAACAGGGUCGUGUUACUCAAAACAGCAUCAGGCCGUAUUUAUAGAUCCACCAACUCUGGUAAACAAUGGUCCGAAAUUACCAAUACACUGUCUAACACUUCUAAUACUGUUAGCACUGUAAGUAACGCAAUGAAUAGUAGCAGUAGUGUUGAUAAGUUCCAUGUAGAUUCAAUGUUUGUAUGUGAAUCUGACAAGAAUGUCGUUGCCGUUUUGGGUACUGGUAACACACAUUACAUAUCCUCUGAUGGCGCUCUUACAUUUAAGCAGUUGGGCUUCAAAGGCGAGGUUAAUAUGUUCUUUUUCCACCCUUCUAAAGCGUCAUGGUCGCUUCUGAGUACAUGGGAGGGUGAUUGUUUAUCGAAAGGUACCGGCGGAGAUUGCAGACAUGUGGUCUAUAUGAGUCGAGACCUGGGAGCCAGCUUCAAGCGGGUGGCUGAAUAUGUAGGUCAAUUUAGUUGGGGUGAUCCGACACACGGAAGUGCAGACCGCAUCUAUUUUAGUCGCUACGAUAUGGCCUUUGGAGACCAGCCCAAACAAGACGGCUGGAACGACGCCAUCUCAUUCAGAUAUACUGAUGACUAUGGUGCAACACAGCAACAACUACUAUCAGGUGGUAACAAAUUCCUCGUUAGCAAUGGUUAUAUCUUUGUAGCUCGUGUAGCUGACUCAAGUAAACAAACCGUAAAGCUGUGUGUCAGUACUGAUAAUGGUGUUACAUUCAAUGAGGCACGAAUUAGUACAGAUUUGGAUGAGAAAAGUUAUACAAUACUUGACACCUCGGAAGGAGCAGUUAUUAUCCAUGUCGGACACCACUAUGAAGGAAGUGAUGUGGAAGUUGGUAACGUGUACAUUUCCGACGCCAGUGGUCUUAACUAUUCAUUGUCGUUGCCUAAUAAUGUAAGGGCAUCGUCCGGUGAAUGUGAGUUUGAUAAGGUGUUGUCUAUGGAGGGUGUCUAUUUGGCAAAUUUUAGAGAUGAUUCUGGUGGAUAUUUGGAUCCAUCACAGCAAUUUAAAACGCAUAUCAACGGAAAUGUUGCAACUAAAUCAGACAACAUGACACAAAUUGAGAAGAAGAGACGUAAUGUGGGACAUAAAAAAAUCGAAUCUAAUGUCCGUACAGUUAUCUCAUUCAAUAAAGGGGCACAAUGGAAUUAUUUAACGCCCCCUAAAGUCGAUUCUUACGGACAACAAUACCAGUGUGAUCCCGAUAGAUGUUACCUGCAUUUGCACGGUAUUACGCAGUUUAAGAAUUUCGCUCCAUUUUAUUCCGUUGAAAAUGCAGUGGGAUUAAUAUUAGGAACUGGUAACGUUGGAGACCAUUUGUCAUUUGAUGCAGCCAAUGUUAACACAUUUCUAAGCCGUGACGGAGGUUUAACAUGGCGUGAAGUACAUAAAGGGGCGUUUAUAUACGAGUUUGGUGAUCAUGGAGGUCUAUUGGUCAUGGCACAAGACCAGAGCAGGACAAGAGAAGUGGUUUUUAGCUGGAACGAAGGAGCAAGUUGGUUCGACUUUUCACUCUCAAAACACGAUCUCUCCGUUAACAAUAUUGUGAUUGAGCCGUCAUCAUCAGCUACUGAGUUCCUGCUGUAUGGAAACAGAAAUGGUGUCGGAGUGGUGUUUCAUUUAGAUUUCGCAACUCUGAACCAGCCAGCGUGCAGAGGUAUUUGGGCUAUCAACAGCAGUAGCAGCGAUUACGAGACUUGGGUACCACGUGACAUGACGGGAAACGAGUGUUUACUCGGUAAAAAAGUAACGUAUAAGAGAAGAAAACAGGCGAGUGAAUGUUUCAACGGUAGAGAUUUCAAGCGUUCAGUGGAUCGUGAACUUUGUCAGUGUACAAGACAGGAUUAUGAAUGUGAAGUGGGAUUCACAAGAGCAAUUGGAAGUGAUGUGUGUAAAGUUGAAGGACACUUUUUGGAACGUGAGGGUUGCACCUCAGCAUCAUAUUUCUACACAAAUGCAUAUCGGAAGGUUCCAGGAGACGUUUGUGUGGGUGGAUGGGUUCCCGAUCUAGUUGCUGUUCCAUGUCCCCCACAUUCACCUCUUUCCAAGGAAUCAAAAUUAUUGUUGGCGUUUAUGUUGGUAUUGGCAUUGUUUAUGGCUGCAGUGGUGUAUGUGUCGAACGACGAGAGGUUCAAACAUCUAUUCCACAACUACGGUUUCAAGAGUUUUCAAUACGUGCCCUACUCCACGCUCAAUCAGAGGAAAACAUCUUUGGGUGGAAGAUUUGAACCAGAACUGGGAUUCAUAGACGCCGAACAGGAACACGAGGAGAUUCCCACACUUCUCUCGUACUUGCAUGAUAACGAUAAACAUCAAGAAUCUAAAACCAUCGAACUCUUAUAAUAUACUACUAUACUA